AUGGCAGUUAUCCCCAUUAGUAUCGUUUCGGACGUCAUUUGUCCAUGGUGCUACAUCGGAUACCGCAGCCUUCAGCGGGCGAUCGGUCUCUACCAAAAGACAUACCCCGGUGGUUCCAAGGAUGAGUUUGAAAUCAUUUGGAAGCCUUACUUUAUCGACCAGGAAGCGCCGUCGAAGAGUGAAUGGGUACCAGAUCGAAUGAACCGUCGAAUGAAAGACCCUAAGAUGGUUGAAGCUGCACAGACUCGCCUCAAGCGCGUUGGAGCCCAGUUCGGCAUCCAGUUCAAGUUUGAGGGGUAUAUGGGGAGCUCUAGGCUGGCGCAUCAAUUACUGUACGUGGUGUACAAGGAAAAGGGCAGUGAGAUGCAAUGCAAGGUUGCAGAACAGCUUUUCCGCUAUCAGUUUGAAAAGGAGGCAGAUGUGAGUGAUAUCAACGUCGUGGUGGAGGCUGCUGUGCAGGCCGGACUGGGUGAAGAGGAAGUGAGAACAUGGCUGGCGAGUGAUGUUGGUAUAGCUGAGACGGAGAAGGAAGAGAAAGAGAUGCGGGAUUCAGGAAAGGUUCAGGGUGUACCCCAUUUUAUCAUUGGAGAGCAGCAUUUAGAGGGGGCCGUGGACUAUACAGAGCAUCUGGAGGCAUUCAUCGCCGCUCGCGAAGCAGCUGUAUAA